UCCCAGCAACUGCAGAACUGGAAAGAUUUCCAAGAAAGAGAUUGUGCCAAGAUGGACCGAGACAGCAUGGCCAAGAUCAACCAUUAUUGUCAGAAGAAUAAAUUUAUCCUGAAAUAUAUUGAUGUCAGCAUGACCGGCCCUUCUCAUUAUCCUGAAUUUACAGUUGCAGUUAAAAUAAAUGAGGAAGUAUAUGGCAAAGGCACUGGUAAAUCUAAGAAGGAAGCAAGAGCAAUAGCAGCAAAAAARGCAUGGGAAAUGAUAGAAGGAAAGGACAAAGGAGCUGAGGGGCAGCUGCAACAAAGGGAUUUGUCUGAAAUCAGUUCCACGACUUCGACAUCUAGUAAUUCCCAUGACAUGUCAAAUCUGUCUGACUCCGAUGGCAUUUGUUUUAAAGACUCCGAUGCAAGCGUUGAAGAAGAAGUGCAAAACAUGGCGAUGUCUGAACAGCCUCUGCCUUGUCAGAAAAAUGCUCGAUGUUCUGCUCAGAAACCCCCAGGAAAAAUUUGUUUUCUAGCACCUAUGUUUGAUAAUGCAGUAAACAGGCAAGUAAUGACAUCAGAUUCGGAAGAAAGUUUGUCAGGUUUUCAUAUAAAUGGAAAUGAGUGGGAUAAAGAUACAUACCCUGUGGAUGAAAGGUUUCUUAAAGAUUUUGAAAAUAUAGUGGCUAUUGGUGAAGGUGGUUUUGGAAACGUCUUCAAAGCAACAGCAARGACUGAUGGAAAAACCUAUGCAGUCAAACGGGUCCAAGUCACAAGGAAUGUAAUGCGUGAAGUCCAAGAACUUGCAGGACUSGAGCAUGAAAACAUCGUGCGCUAUUACUGUAGCUGGAGAGGGGAGGACCGUGUUAAAAACCCGGACUCAAGGCAGAAGGCCCYCCUAAAAUGUGAAUGUCUUUUUAUCCAAAUGGAAUUUUGUGAACAAGGGACAUUGGAAAACUGGGUCGAAAAUAAUCRAGAAAAACAGAACUAUCAGCAGAUGGCACAAGACAAAUUUUUGCAGAUAGUGAAAGGAGUAGGAUACAUUCAUUCUAAAGGGUUAAUUCAUCGAGACCUCAAGCCUCAAAAUAUAUUUAUAUCAAGUGAAGAUAAAAUAAAAAUAGGUGAUUUUGGACUUGUGACUUCCGAGUCCUACAAACCUCUGACAGAAAACCGAGGAACAAAAUCCUACAUGGCACCGGAACAGUUUGGAAACACAUAUGGAAAGGAAGUAGAUAUUUAUGCACUGGGAUUAAUAUGGUUUGAAAUUGCUUCCGCAUUGGCUAGUCAUCACGAGAAAAGUAUAAUUUGGAAAGAUGUUAAAGAAGGCAACUUCCCCAUGGACUUCACGCGAAAAUUUUUAGCAGAGGCGGCCAUGAUGAAAAAGAUGCUUUCAAAAGACCCCAAAAAAAGACCUCCCGCAUCUGGGAUACUCGCAUUUGUUAAYGCCAUCGUUCAAGACAAUCCGCAUAAAGCUCAUACUCACUAAAUGUCAAUCUGAGAGACUUCUAGACUUGAUGGAUCUAACUAUUUUGAAAUUGUUGAAACAUUGUGUAAGAAGCAACAGCAAGACUUGACUCUGUUUGGUGCCUAGUCCUCCUGCUGUCUGUCCUCAUAGGCUGAGGAGCUUAGUGACUCAACAGUCCUAUCACCAUUCACUCCAAUCAGCUGCAAAGCAGGGCGUUCCCCCAACGUCCUCMUGUAGAUAUUAUGGGGUUUUUUUCAUUUUUUUUUCAGCUGGUGCAACCAACUAUGCAUGAGAUGAACUAUGUUACUUAGUAUGAACCUUGCCCGUGGCUUCUAGAAGAUCAAGUUAAUGUAGUGCUGAUUUGUGRCAAUUGCCUCUAUGCCUGCUCUUAGACAUGCUGUAUCUACUUGUGAGUUGAGGUCAUCUGUUGCUUUCUGUGAAAGUGCUGUCUUUGGGCAUGGGAAUCAAAAUAUUUGGAUUAUUUCGUGGUGAUGUUAUUACUACAGCUACCACAAUGUUCCCUUUCAGACCACAGGAGGUAACAUGCUGAACUGAAAGGAAAAACUUUUUAAAAACAAACCAAAACUAGAAAGAUGUUCACGCUCUUAAAGUAAGUCUCCAACUUACUUUAAUGGACAGCGUGUUCUCGGUGACCCUGCUUCAACAGCAGGGCAGGAUUGGAUGAUCUCCAGCAGUUGCUUCCAACCUCAACCAUUCCGGGAUUCGGUGGAACGCUCCUUCAGAAUUUAGUUGUUAAACAACCACUUUCAGAAAUCUACUUGAAAAAUAACUGAACUUCUGAAUAGUUUUUUCUAAAUGGAACACUUAGGUACUCUAAACUACAGAAAUUCUUUCU